AAGUCAAAUCAGUAUGAACGUUUAGUGUUUGAAAGCGGCGGCGUGAGAGGAGACGUGAGAUCCUUCAAAAUAUAUAAAUCAUCACGUUAUUUUGGUCCUUGUAUUGUUUUUGGGGGUGAUUUUAACAAAUAUUAUAUUUGCGAAUCUUCAGGAGUGAAGGUGAUUAUCUAACCCCAGCGGAGGAGUGAGCAAGUGACGGCAAAAUGGACACGGCAGUUAAAAAGAGCAAUAAGGAAAACUCCAAGCCGGAGGCAGGACCAAAAAAAACAGAGUCCAGAAAUGUCAUAUCAAAGCAGCAGCUGACGAGACCUGCACCACUGCGGUCCAAAAACAACCCGAUGGAUGAAAAGGCAGGGUUAGGUUUAGACAAGGCCGAGUUAAAAGCGAAGGUUAAACAGUCAAAACCAGCCAAGAUCAACAAUUCAGGUCCCAUGCAGCGGAACACUCUGAGUCAGGCCUUCCGUACCGAACAAACUCUGAGACACAGGAAACUGGUGCUGGAAACCCAGAAGCCUCCUUCAUCUGUCCCUCCGAAACCCCUCCUCCCGGGCACCUACAAGGGCAGAGUGGUACAGUCCAAAAUAGACUGCUUUAGGAAGCCGCAGAGUGGCCACGAGAAGAACCCGAGUGAGAACAAGACCAAAGCUGAGACAGCAGUUCGGUCCAAAUCAACUACAGUUCUGUCUGCUUCCACAAGAGCAAGAGUCCAGCAUAGUGUGGAGAGGAAAGCGAAGUCAGGGUCAGCCGCAAGGAUCAAUGUGCAGAAGAUGGUUCCUCAAAGGCAGAUACAGACCACAGCUCCAGCUAGGACAACUACAAUUUCCACCAAACCAUCUACCCUCUCCAGGAAACCAUCUACUAUCUCCAUCAAACCUUCCACCAUCUCCACCAAAAAACAUACCAUCUUUACCAAACCUUCCACAAUCUCCACCAAACCAUCUGUGAUCUCUAGGAAACCAGUUACAAUGUCUGCAAGACCCCCAACAGUGACAUCAUUCAUCAAGAAGAAAGAACCAACAAAAUCCGCUGCAGCUGCUAGCGAGCAGAAACCUCAAAGGCCUGUCUCAAGCUCCAUCAGCCAGUACAGAGUCCGAGUGGAAUCCGCCGAGGAGAGACGGAAGAAGUUAGCUGAUUGGUUGGCGUUGAAAGGGAAAACUCAGAAAAGGCCGGCAAUAAUGGGGAAGUCUGCUUCUCAGACAUGUAAACCUCGACUCGGUGCUGAAGGUGAAGAUAAAGCUCAGCCUGAAGCGAGUGAACAAGCUGAAGUGGUGCCUGUCAAUGAAACACACAAGAGUGAGGUUCCUCAGAGGAAACCUGCAUUCUCUAACACCCCGAGUCACAUCCUCAACACCACACUGGACCUGCUGGACAACUCGGACACAGAGCUGCCUGCAGAACCUGAAAUCAGGAUGGAAUCGCUGGUGAUAAACCUGUGUGAGAGAUUGGAGGCAAUGGAAACUCCGUCCACAUGUGAGAGCGACACAAAGGCCGGAGGAAGCACAGAGGCCGAGGUGAAGGUAGAAGAAGAAACACCUGAGUAUGAAAUUCUGGAGGAGGAAGAACUGAGCGAGGAACCAAACUCCUCUGCUGGAGUGGACAAGAAAGAGGAGGAGGAGGAUGGAGAGGAAGAAAAGAAAACUAUCAAGGUCAAGGCAGAGGAAGAGAAGAAACUGUCUGAUUGUGAUGAAGAGGAGGGUGAAGAGGAGGAGAUGGACUCCACACCUGCAGAUGUUUUGAAUGCGUGUGUUGUGAAGUACAGCGUGAAAACUACUCCUUAUUUGCAGAGUGUGAAGAAGAGGAUGGAGGGUGAAAUGGCUAACGGUACUCCAGGCUCUUGCUGUAAAAGUUCCAUUAAAAAGCUGAAGUUUCUGACUCCAGUGCGCCGCUCAUCCCGGAUCCACAGGAACUCAUCCCGUUUGCCGGGCCUCCUGAACGAACACGACCCCUGCGUGUCCUCUCUGGCUGAGCUGGAGCUGCUGGACGCCGGUGACUCCAACGCCUACAUCUACAGAAAGAACCCUGCGCUGCUGCAGCACCUCCCUGAUCAGUGUCAGGAAGUCCAGAGCGCCGAACACGCCUGCAAAUAAACAGUCAUCAGCACAGGAAGCACACACACUUUAACUACAGUUACAUACAAAUACUGAACUGAGCUGUGGUAGGAAAGACAGUGGGCUGAUUUUGAAUAUGUAAAUAUGUGAAUUUCUAUUGGUUCAGUUACAUCAGAAAAGCUGAUGUUUAGAGGUGAUUGAAGACAAAAGGAUGAAAAUUAAUGUUACACUAAGGGGUUUGGAUGUUUGUGUUAACUGAACUGUUUAACUGAUCAUUUAAGUGUGUUUUAACAAUGCUCAACUAAAACCAGACGGAAGUAGAAGUUUGUAAUGUAAAAAAAAAAAAAGCUUUGAAUACACAAGCAGGCUGUACUUUUCACACUAAAAAGCUUCUGAAACCAAACUGGAGGGUAGAAAUGUUGAAUGCGCACAAAAGUUCACAUACUGAGACUAUUGUGUUUAUAGAUAUUCUGAGUGGAGGAAGGUUUUAGUUCUGCUAACAACAGAUGCAGUAACCAGUUGUUUGUACUGUCUUUAUUACUGAAUGUUUUCUUCUACUAAUGCUUAAACCUAUUUAAAAGUGUGAUUGACAGAUGGGUAACCAAGCAACAUAAGCUGCUAUAUGCAUAUAUAAAACUAAUGACUAAAGGAAAUGUAUUAACAUUUAAAGUUGUUUUAGAACUUUUAUCUUGCAUCACCGGCUUACUGCAGUUCUAAAACUGUGCAUGUGCUCCAAGAAAUACAAUUAAGAAAACUUUAUUCAGGCUCCAUCAUCAAUCAAUCACAGUAUUAAUCUGACUAUAAUUGUCCAUCUGAUGUUUCUGUAUCUGUCCGUUUCUGUUCAUUGUCCUGUGUUCAGAUUAAUAUUGUUCACACUGAAGCACAUUAUUAUAUACAAUGCCUUGCAUAAUCAUCUUCCACUUCGACAUCUGAUCUGUCUUUAUAAAGACGACAUUCAGGCACAUGUAUUGUUUGAGUGUUUCUUGAAAUAAACUCAGUUCUCUUUCA